AUGUCGAGUCCUUUCCCUCUUUUCCGUCUUUCAGAGAAGGUCUUAAAACUUGUGAUUCAAUGUAUGGAGUAUAUUGAAAUAAUCGGACUUUCUCUUUUAUCGACAAAAACUAAGGAAAUUGUCAGACGUCUCGAUUAUAAUAUUGCACAAAUUGAUAUGACGGUAGAAGAUGUCAUCAGAAUUCGAUUCAAUGCGAGUGAAGAUAAUCCCACAUCCUUGUAUAUAUUUUCGAUUGAGGAAAUUGACAACAUUUCAUUUGCAAAUGAAACAUGUGUCUUUGAUAUGAGUUCUCUGCAAGAUGCCAUUGGAAGACUGAAUAUUCAUACGCUAUUGUUCAAGGAUUUUUGUAGUUUGGAGUGUGCACAGUUGGCACUGAGACAUUUGAAAUCGGUUAGAUCCGUUAAUGCUUACUGUCCAAGUUUCGAUGACCCCAGCCAGUACCGUAACAUCCUGAUUCAAAAUUUGGAUUCAUUGGUUCUUGGACACGAAGAUAUGUUUUUGAAAGUUGGAUUGGAUGACCUCUUAUUGAUGAAUAGUAAGGAUAUCUCAAUUCAAUCUCCAACUCUUACCGAUAAAAUAGUCAAUCAAUUUCUCAAACAUUGGAUCAAAGGGUCGAACCCAAGAAUGAAAAACGCAGUAUUUGAAUUUGCCGAUAAUCAAGUUGUAAGUGAAGAAAUCAUAUUGAAAGGUUUGCGAUAUCGAGAAGUACUAUUUGAUGAUGAUGGGGUUGACGGCGAAAACGAAAAAUUUGAAGGCUAUGAAAUUCUUCGAAAGGAUGGAACUGUGGGAGCAAUUUCAAUUGAUCAAUCUUUUGGAGGAUACGAUGUUCAUUUCAAUGUUUUCUAG